AUGGCGGCCCCUGGCCCCCCGCAGGUGCCGGAGCUGCGGCUGCGCUCGCGGCGCCGAACCGGGCUGGAAGUUGCGCUGCGGGUGCCCAGCCUCUUCCUCAUCGACGCCAUCUUCAACUCUUACCCCCUGCCGGGGGGCUCCCUAUGCGCCGGGCUCCUGGGGGUGCUGCUGCGGCUGCUGGGGGUCUUUGUAUCCAGUGUUGUUCUGCUCUUGCAACAGCGAGCACUUUUCAAGUUUUAUAUGAUCAGCUCGGCAUUUCUGCUAGCUGCAACCUCAGUGUUGGUGAAUUAUUAUGCUUCUUUGCACAUAAACUUCUACAGUGCCUACUACACAGCAGCUUUUGGAAUUCAGUUCCUCCCUCAUAAAGGACCCUCACUAUGGAUGGCACUUUCUAUCCUUCAGCUUACCUUUGGGAUUGGAUAUGUUACAUUGUUAAACGUGCAGUCCAUAUACUCCCAACUAAUCAUACUGGAUAUACUGAUUCCUAUAAUAGGCUUGAUCAUUGAAUUACCUUUAAAUGUCAGACAGAUUUUAGUUUUUAUUUCAGGCCUAAUUCUGACAUUAUAUACCACAAUCAAUUUAGUUAUGAAAAUUAAAUGGUUCUAUUAUUCCACACGAUACGUUCAUCUCCUUUUAAGGCAUAUGUAUCGCAUUUAUGGAUUACAGCUAUUGAUGGAAGAUACGUGGAAAAGGAUUCGUUUUCCAGCUGUACUGCGUGUGUUCUGGCUAACGAGACUUACAGCACAAGCAGUUGUGUUAACUUAUGUUGUCAAGAUGGCAGAAACUAAUACAGAAGAGAAGUUCUACUUGAUUUCUUGGGAAAAUUGUUGGGAACUAGUUUGCAGUCUUAUAAUAAGUGGGUGUGAUUCUACUUUAACUGUCUUAGGCAUGAGUGCUGUAAUUUCUUCAAUAGCCCAUUAUUUGGGACUGGGUAUUUUGGCUUUUAUUGGAUCAACUGAUGAUGACAAGAGGCUUGGUUUUGUAGCACCUGUUUUAUUUUUUAUUUUGGCUCUGCAGACUGGCUUAAGUGGUCUAAAGCCAGAAGAGAGACUAGUUCGCCUAAGUCGAAACAUGUGCCUUUUGUUAACUGCAGUCCUGCAUUUUAUCCAUGGAAUGACAGACCCUGUACUAAUGUCUCUCAGUGCCUCCCAUGUGUCGUCAUUUCGCAGACACUUCCCUGUACUUCUUGUUUCAGCUUGCCUUUUUAUUCUUCCAGUUCUGCUCAGUUAUAUCCUUUGGCACCACUAUGCACUAAAUACAUGGCUUUUUGCAGUUACAGCAUUCUGUGUGGAACUUUGCCUAAAAGUAAUUGUUUCUAUCACUGUUUAUGUACUAUUCAUGAUUGAUGGCUACUAUAAUGUCCAGUGGGAAAAGCUUGAUGAUUAUGUCUACUAUGUUCGUUCAACAGGCAAUAUUAUUGAGUUUAUAUUUGGUGUAAUCAUGUUUGGAAAUGGAGCUUAUACCAUGGUAUUUGAAUCAGGAAGUAAGAUUCGGGCUUGCAUGAUGUGUCUUCAUGCUUAUUUCAACAUCUACUUACAAGCAAAGAAUGGCUGGACAACUUUUAUAAAUCGCAGGACAGCUGUUAAGAAAAUAAACUCACUUCCUGAAGUAAAAGGAAGUCGGUUACAUGAAAUAGAUGAUGUAUGUGCAAUCUGCUACCAUGAGUUUACUACAUCUGCUCGUAUUACUCCAUGCAAUCAUUACUUUCAUGCACUUUGCCUUCGGAAAUGGCUAUAUAUUCAAGACACUUGUCCAAUGUGCCAUCAAAAAGUAUAUAUUGAAGAAAAGGAAAAUGCAGAUAUCUCUAACAAUGGGUUUGUUGCACCUAAUGAAAAUCCUGUAGAAGUUGCAGAAGAAGCUGCUGAAGCUGCACAUGAAAUAAAUGAAGAUAAUGACAGUACCAACAGUGAUGAUGAUGACUGUGUGGCAGAACACCAGAAUGAGACUCUUAAUGUUGAUUCUGACUCCCUGGGUGACUAAAAUCACUGAGGUAUUUGUUUAAAAUGGAGUUCAGCAACGGAAUAAAAGUUUCACUUCAUCAUUGUAUACUUAAGCACAACAA